CCUCAUAUGAAUCUGGAAAGCUAACAGGCUAACAGGCUAACAGGCUACUUAGCAGCGACCAUGGACGUGAGCCGGUUCACACCGGGACGGCGACGCGGUGUCACCGGGCAGCGAUAACAUCUGUCCACGUUGGCGACCCUCUCUCUCUCCGGCUCACUAUCAGCGCAGUCAGUCGGUUAUCUUCGCGACUUUUGCCCUCUUUUAUCCCGCUGUGUCUCAUGCUAGCUAGUUAGCCUGUUAGCUAACUAGCUGCUAUAAAGCAGCGUCGCUCACUAACGAGGCUAGCUAGCUAACCAACUAACUGGACGGACAACAGCGGGAUGUGCCAUGGCAUCGGUUCGGGUGGCUGUCCGGGUCAGACCCAUGAACAGGCGGGAGAAGGACUUGACCGCAAAAUGCAUCAUCAAGAUGGAAGGGACCAAAACCUCCAUCACCAACCUGAAGAUCCCCGAAGGCAUCGUAGGUGAUUCGAUGAGGGAACGAACCAAGACUUUUACGUACGACUUCUCCUACGACUCCAUGGACUGUAAGAGCUCCGCGUUUGUCUCGCAGGAAAAGGUUUUCAGAGAUCUGGGCUCGGACGUGCUAAAGGCGGCGUUUGAGGGCUACAACGCCUGCGUCUUCGCCUACGGCCAGACCGGCUCGGGGAAGUCCUACACCAUGAUGGGAAAUCCUGGAGAUGCGGGUCUGAUCCCGAGGUUCUGUGAAGGUUUGUUCAGCCGUAUCUCCGAGGCGACUCGAUGGGAUGAAGCUUCGUUUCGUACAGAAGUCAGCUACCUGGAGAUCUACAACGAGAAGGUGAGGGACCUGCUGAGGAGGAAAUCCACUCAGACCUACAACCUGAGAGUCAGGGAGCACCCAAAAGACGGGCCGUAUGUCGAAGAUCUGUCCAAACACCUGGUGCAGAACUACAGCGACGUGGAGGAGCUGAUGGAGGCUGGAAACAUCAACCGCACCACCGCCAGCACCGACAUGAACGACGUCAGCAGCCGCUCGCACGCCAUCUUCACCAUCAACUUCACGCAGGCUAAGUUCGAUGCAGAGAUGCCCAGUGAGACGGUCAGUAAGAUCCACCUGGUCGAUCUGGCCGGCAGCGAGCGAGCCGACGCCACCGGAGCGACGGGCGUCCGACUGAAAGAAGGAGGAAACAUCAACAAGUCGCUGGUCACCCUGGGCAACGUCAUCUCCUCUCUGGCUGACAUGUCACAGGACGGCGUGAACACCAACCUGAAGAAGAAGUCGGUGUUUGUUCCCUACAGAGACUCCGUGCUAACGUGGCUGCUGAAAGACAGUCUGGGCGGCAACUCCAAGACCAUCAUGAUCGCCACCGUCUCCCCCGCUGACGUGAACUACGGCGAGACGCUCAGCACUCUGCGAUACGCUAACCGAGCCAAGAACAUCAUAAACAAACCCACCAUCAACGAGGACGGCAACGUCCGGCUGAUCCGAGAACUGCGGGCUGAAAUCGCCCGACUGAAAGCUCUGCUGGUUCAGGGCAACCAGAUUGCUCUCCUGGAUUCGCCCACUGCUCUGAGUAUGGAGGAGAAACUGCACCAGAAUGAAGCCAGAGUCCUGGAGCUGACUAAAGAGUGGACCAACAAAUGGAACGAGACACAGAAUAUUCUCAAGGAGGAGACUCUCGCUCUGAGGAAAGAGGGGAUCGGUGUGGUGCUGGACUCCGAGCUGCCUCACCUGAUCGGCAUCGACGACGACCUCCUCAGUACCGGCAUCAUCCUGUACCAUUUAAAGGAGGGACGGACAUACGUGGGCAGAGAGGACGCGUCCACGGAGCAGGACAUCAUCCUGCACGGUCUGGACCUGGAGAGCGAACACUGUAUGUUUGAGAGCCAGAACGGCACAGUGACUCUGGUGCCGCUCGGUGGAGCUCAGUGUUCAGUUAAUGGCGUUCAGGUCACAGAGCCGUCGCAGCUCAACCAAGGCGCUGUUAUUCUGCUCGGCAGGACGAACAUGUUUCGGUUCAACCAUCCGAAGGAGGCGGCCAAGCUGAGAGAGAAACGGAAGAGUGGCCUGCUCUCUGCAUUCAGCCUGUCUAUGACGGAUCUGUCCAAGUCCUGUGAAAGCCUGUCCACUGUGAUGCUCUACAACCCCGGUCUCUUCACUGAGAAGGGCCCCGUCUUCCUCAGGUUGGAGUUUGAGAGACAGCAGCGAGAAGAGCUGGAGAAACUGGAGCUGAAAAGGAGGCUGAUCAAGGAGAUGGAGGCAAAGCACCAGAGUGAGAAGGCAGAGCUGGAGCGCCUGCAGCAGGAGGUGGAGAGUCAGCGUAAGGAGUCUGAGGAGGUGCAGCAGCGGAUCCUCCGUCAGGAGGAGAGCCUCCGCCACCGCAGCCAGGACAUCGAGAGCCGCCUUCGGGACUUCCUGGCCGAGAAGGAGCGCUUUGAGGAGGAGAGACGCUCGGAGAUCCAGGGGGAGGACCUCCAGCGCCGGAAACAGCAGCAGGAGGGUGAAGCAGAGAGAGAGCAGGACAAGGAGCAGCGGCGGCAGCAGGAGGCGGCAGAGCAGACGGAGAUCUACCGUGAGCUGGAGAGGCUGAAGAGGGAGCGCGAGGAGCAGAAGGUUCGUCUGGAGACUGAGCGGCGGCGGCUGGAGGAGCAGGAGAGAGAGCAGCUGAGCCUGGUGGGGAGGCUGGAGGAACAGCUGAGAGAGAAACACGAGGCAGCCACCACCCUGCUGACCCGGGAGGACGCCCGCCGCAUGGAGGAGGAGCGUCGAGCCCUGGCCGAGAUCAGAGAAGCACUCCUCCGUGCCAAAGAGGCUGGAGAGCGGCCAGAUGUGGAGGAUGCCAGCGAGGAGGCGAGAUCUGCCCAGGCUCGGUACACAAACUUCAAGGCGGCUCAGGUGAAGGAGCUGGGCCAGCUGGAGGAGGGGCUCCGGCAGCAGAGGGAGCACCUGGAGAAAGAGGUCGCUGCUGAGCGUAAUACACUGCUGCUCCUCGGCCACAGCCUCAAAGAACGACAGCAGCAGCUGAAAGAGGUGCAGGAGAAGGGGGCGCAGGAUGCUACCGCUGUCUGCCAGGAGGAGCAUCUGGUCAAACAGGCAGAGCACAGACUGCAGUUUAAGGAGCGUCAGCUGGCCAGCGUGGCCGAUGGCCUCCUCCCCGCACUGGCCGAGGAGAAGCAAAGAGCCAUAGAGAUGCUGGAGCGCAGCGGCGGAGGAAGCAACGGGAACUGCGACAGCCCACCGGGGCUCGAUAACACGCUGUACCAGGUGGAGAAGGAGCUGGAGGACAAAGAGGAGAAACUGAACCUCCACUGGCGCAGCGCUCAGCAGCUUCAGCAGCUCCAGGAUACCUACGAGUUCACGGCCAACGUGGCUCGGCAGGAGGAGAAGGUAAGGAGGAAGGAGAAGGAGAUCCUGGAGUCGAAGGAGAAGCAGCAGAGGGAGGCGAUGGAGCAGGCGGUGGCCCGGCUGGAGAGGAGGCACUCGGCCCUGAGGCGCAGCGUCUCCCUGGAGCCCGACACCGAGGAGCAGAGACACAAGAGCUCGGUCAUCGGGAACCUGAGGACGGGGGCCGACCUGGACCAGCAGAGAGUGGAGCGGGAGAUCCAGAAGCUGAGGCAGAGGAUCAGUGAAGGGGAAGAAAACAACAGGACUCACUCCAUCAGUAACGACGAGAAGACGAGUCACAACAGUUCCCCGGUCAGCCACAUCCAGAGUCUGAACACACUGCUGCCGCUGUCAGACGACAGGAUAAAUGCGUACAUUGAAGAGGAAGUCCAGCGACGGUUACGCAAGAUGAAUCUUCUCAAUGGCAGCAGCAGCAACAUGGAUCUGUCUCUGUCCAUGGAGGAGGAAGACGUUAGCGACUGUAGCUCUGUUAGAUUAACAGAUGAGGAUGAUGAAAAGCUGCAAAACAUUAAUCCAAGGAGGCUUAAAUAUGAGCACCUGGUCUCUCGUCCUCUCGCGACGAGCGCUGACGGCCUCCAGGAGCCCAUUAAAAUUAGCAUUCCUCGUUACGUUCUCCGCGGGCAGGGAAAGGACGAGCACUUUGAGUUCGAGGUGAAGAUCACUGUGGGGGAUGAGGUGUGGACGGUGUUCAGACGUUACAGCCGCUUCCGGGAAAUGCACAAGAGCCUCAAGUUAAAAUAUCCAGAGCUGGCAGCUCUCGAGUUCCCUCCCAAGAAGCUGUUUGGAAACAGAGACGAGCGGAUGGUCGCUGAGCGCCGGAAUCACUUGGAGCGUUAUCUGAGGAACUUGUUCCGGGUGAUGCUGUCGUCCUCCGGCUCUCCUCUCAGAACCGACGCAGACGGCGGUUUCCAUCUCACCAAACACGCCAUCUGCGAGUUCUCGCCGUUCUUCAAGAAGGGCGUCUUUGAGUACAGCAGCCACGGCACCGGCUGAAAUUUUCUCCAAACCAAAAAAAAAAAAAAACCCCCCCCCCCCCUGCUCGGUGCCUUUUUCCCCCGCGGCCUCGGCUCGGGAGAAUCGCCUCAGAAGGUCAAAGAAGGAAAAACUUGCAGGUCAGUUUCCUCUCCAGCCUCCCGUCGUCCCGUGAGACGAAGAUCUCAAACCUGUCAGGAGCUGUUCAGCUCUUAGUCCGAGUGGAAACUCAGCGCUCUGUUUAAAGAGUUUCAUUUUUACAUUAUAUAUAUAUAUAUCCAGAGAAAGGUAGAACAGGUUUUCAUCCUCCAUAAUGACACAACUUUGUACCGAAUCUUUACAUUUGUUCCGUUUCUUCAUUCGGUGUCUCCUGAUGGAAACAAACACUUUAUUUCACACGAAGGCAUUCUGCACAUUCUGGCAAUAAACAGCUAUAUUUACAUUAGGGCUGCACGAUAUGGUAAAAAAUAAAAAUAAAAAAAAAAUCACAUUAUGAUUGCGAUGUGAUUCACGGUUAGUGGGAAUGAUCAUUUUUGCAUCACAAUUUUUAUUUUCACCGAAAAAACUGUUAAAAUCACGAUGACGGGACAUUUGUUGGGGUCUGUACCAAACACAUCUGGUUCUCCAGAUGUGGCGGCCGGGGGGGGGCGUCUCUGCAGCUCGUCACAGUUUACCUUCAUCAAACCACUGCAGCUCCUCAGGUUUGGAUGUUGCACCUGGCCACACUGCGUUUUUUUGACGAUAUUUCGAUUAAUUGUGCAGCCCUAAUUUACACGCAGCUAUGAUAUUUAUGACAACUCCCUUAUGAAGUGACAGCGGUGCAACUUUAAAAGUAGAAGAAAACAUUAUCGCUGGCAGGUUUGGGGGUUCAAUUCAAGUUCAGCUCCGUUUAAAAUCACUGUAAACAGAACAUCUUCGGACUGUUAGUGUGACAGAACAAUGCAUUUGAAUACAUUAACUUUGGCUCUGGGAAAGUCUGUUGGGCAUUUUUCACUCAUUUCUGACAUUUUGUAGACUAAACAAUCAAUUUAUUUAUUCUUGCCAGUGAGCAGAGCAAGGCAUUAGCACUGGCAGGGGAAACGGGUUCGAUUCCCAAAAUGACUGAACAGCGCUACAGAGCAGUUUGUGUGAAGGGCACGGUCACAUUAGCCUUCUGGUGAUAAAUAUUGAUCGCAAACUGUAAAGAACGAUGCUACACGACUCGUCCGUCGUGCAGUCUGAACGGGAGACGGAGUGAAUAUUAGUACGGAGGAGAUGUAAUGUGUCGUACGUUAGAAGCUAAAGUCCAAAAAGGUCUAAUUAGACUUGUAGUCAGACUGUUGUCGUACCUUCACUGUGACUCCAGCACUGUUUGUAGAUAGAGAAGAACUCUUAUUCAGGGGCCGCGUGAACAAACUAAAUGUCCGCCUGUGUUCAUCAAGGCCUCGCCUGCAGAAUCACAACAGUUAAAUUCACAGUCAGGUGCUCAUAUGAACGUCGAGGCAGGUUUGUCUCCCUGUAAUCAUUCCUCCUGUUCGUACUGGCUUGAUUCCUUCCUGAUGCACUUUCAUUUGAAGUGACGACAAACUGUCUUCCUUCCGUGCAAAAAUGUUUUCAAACGCUAAUCUGAAGCUAAUAUGAAGCUUCAGCCGUCCGAGUUGGACUUGAUUGGUUUUUUUUUUUUUUUUAAGUACAAAAUUCCCUCUUUUUGUUAUUAACUCUCCACUGCAGCUCAACAGGGAAACACAGAGGGGAAUUUUACACCAAAAAGACGAAGAAACCCACUUGAUGUGUCUAACUCAGACUGCUGAAGCCUCAUGUUAGCUUCAGAUAAACACUGCAAAAUGACUCUGAACUACACAAAUAGAAACAUGCGAUCUGUGACAACAGUGAUGUACAGAUUCUACUCUUCUUGAUAUCUUUAAGGAUGUAUUGUAGUUCGACUGCAUUUUAUUUAUAAGUGCCACCUUAUUCACUGUACAUAUGGAGGAUGACCAUACAAUUGCAUUAUAGUCAGUUUUAAGUCAACAGCAAGUUUCACAAAGGUUGUAUUUAAAGAACUGUUGUACAGGACUGCAUCGUGAUAUUUUCUGGUUAUAUUUAUUAUUCUGAUUAUUUCUUGAUAGAACAACAAUGCUUGGAAGGUCUGUUACUCAGAGCUGCACUAAGAAAAUGUUUUAAUGUAAAACUGCACCUAAAAUUAGAAGUUGAGGCUGCAACACGUUAGCGUUUUGGUCACUGAUAGAAACUGUCUCCAAACCAGCACUGAGUGAAUGCUAUAAAGACACGCUAAGACGUUUACCGACACUAAAUUGACGCAUUUUUUAAUGAACUUCUGAACUGUUUAAAGUUUUACACAGGUUCAAAAGUGCCCUGUGGAGGUUUCAUACAGUGAACAGGCAGCUCCUCCACUCGCUCACUGAUAUGAGCUUGUGAUCAUCUCAUAUAAACUAAUAAUUCAAAUAUAAUAAAUAAACUAAAAUAAAAAAUAAUUUCUGUGUCACGGUGGUUCUCAAACACGCAGGAGACGCAGACGAGUGCCGACAGCAAGGACGAGCUGUCGCCAUAACAAGUUUUUACACAGCGAUGAACAUGUUUGUGCCACCUGAACAGUUUUCUUUUGAAGUAAUGCGUGUACAGGUAAUAUCAGGCGGCCACAUUCUCAAAUGCGGAGUAAUCCCAAAGAUUGUUUUAGUGCCACCAAAUUCCAAAAUUUAACCAUUUGUCUUUGUUUCUUAUUUCCCAAAUUUAGUUUUCUCCUCCCUUUUUUGUUGUGACCUGAAAGGAGAUUUAGGAGGAUUUCUCUGAAUGAAACCAGUUUGCUCCCUGUUAGCGCUCCUCUGUGCUCUAGUCAUUUAUUUUACGAAUUUAUCGCAGGAAUAUUUGCUUUAAACGACAUUAAAUUAAUUUAAUUAGAUGGAAGUUUGGAGAGAGGUUUGUUAACGUUUUUCAGGACAUCAGGAAUCGUGGAGUUGUUGGACAGUCCUGAAGAGCCACAGACAAAAACUGACAAACCUGUAAAAUAAACGAUGAGAGAACAGAAGUGCAGCCUCGGGAGGUGAUGGUGUUUAGUUUUGCUCACAGGAAGUGAUCAGCUUUGUAAUCAUGGCUCUCUGGCAGCGUUACUGCCAUUUUUCUCACUUUCUCAGCACAAAUUCAAACACAUCUUUGACCAAUCAGAUUCUGGUACGUCUUUCCGCUUGGUACAAGUACGCAGAGACAAAUGAUUCAUUCAGAGGGAAUCUUCUGUCCCUCCGGCAGCUCAACACUUCAAUAAAUAUUUCAGAGCUGAGUUUUAUUUUUACAAAAAAAAUCUGUUCCGUGAGUAAAUCGGCCUCUUUCAUCGAGCUGCAGCGAUUCGAUCCCGACGUCUUCCAGAGCCUCACUGGUGUGUUAGCAGCUGCAGGAAACCAGUUUGGACACCAGUCCAGUUGAAUUUAAAUUAGCCUGAAUAUGAACAGCCAACCACUAGCUGCUUUUUUUCCAUAAGCCAUAUACUGUGUGUGUAUAUAGAAUGUAAAUGUGGAUGUGCAUAGUUUUUCUAUAUGAUAUGCUUGUAUGCAAUGUAAAUCAUUGACAUUGAAUGUCAGUAAAGGGAAUGUAUCACAACA